GAGAGAGAGAGAGACAGAGACAAAGAGGGAGGGAGAGAGAGAGAGAGAGAGAGAGAGAACAGGGAGUCUUAGAGGUUAGUGGAACACAAAUAAUUUUGUCAUCAGCGAGCUCUGACUUGCAGAGAGACAGAGAGGGUGCUGGUGAAAAGAGAGGGAGGAAGAGAGAGAGAGAGAGAGAGAGAGAGAGAGAGAGGGAAUAGGGGGAGAGUUAAAUAGAGGGAGGGUGUAAAACCCGUGCUCUGACAGAGGACAAGAAAGAAAGAGAAACAUUUUCACUCCUAGUGAGAAGCAGUAGAGAGGACAUAGAGAGAGAGCAUAAAGAGAGAGAGAGAGAGAGAGUGUGAGCAUAAAGAGAGAGAGAGGACGUAAAGAACAGGAGAGAUAAACGGACAGAGCAGUGAAGGGAGUGGACGAAAAAAGACACUGCAAUCCGAUCACUGUGGCGGUGUGAGAUGGUCUGGAACUUGUCUCCAUCUAACCAGGCUCGGGCUCGUACCAUCACUCACCUUCCCAACGACGCACGCGCUGGUCUGGUCUGUUCAUUUCUUACCUUCCUUUCAUUAUUAACAGAGAGAUCCAUCCUGGUUUAUGUUGUCGAGUCAUUUUCUAUAGUCAACUAGUGGGGUAUUGUGAACAUCUCAACUUGUCUUUCUGCUAAGUUUAUAGAAUCGCUGUCCUUGUUGAAACAGGUAGUCUGUUCAGUUCAGCCUCGGUCCCUGUUUCUCUUUGUUAGAGGAACACAGAGCAGGCACAGCAGUAUGUGUUGUGUAGAGUUACUAGCUACAGGACAGGGUUUGGCUGUUUGAACAGACUCAAGUGACAAGUCAGUUGUCCUCUGUAACUCUCUGAGAGCUUGUAAAGAUAAAGCCCAGCCAGCUCUAUGUGCUCUAAAGGAAGUCUGCAUGUAUUAUCCUAGUGUGAGACAAGAUUGAAGUUAUACUGAGGUGGAAUCAGAUAGUCUCGCUGUUUUCGCUCCUCUCUGGGGUGGCCGGGUCGUUACCAGUUGUUUUGGGUCGUUGUCGGAGUGUGGUGACCGUCUCUAGAGUCUAGGAAGUGCUGUUCUGUGCUGUGAGGGUUCUUUCUGUUUGACAACUCUCUCUCUGACCUAGCCGUUGUUUCAGCGUCGUAGACAUCACUCUCCUUUCUACCUGACUAAAAAAAAACGAACCCUACUCGAGGCUGAGUCACGGGCUGUCUGUCUGUAUGACUGUCUGUCUGUCUGGGGGUUCUCCCUUUCUGACUCAGAGGAGACUCAGGUGAUUUUCUCACCAGUGACAGCAAUAACAGCAGUCACCGCAGCAGUGUGGGGCAUUAGGCUAAGGGACUCUCUUCGUCACCACAGACCUUUAAUUGUUCUGGUGUGUAAACACCUUGCGUCAGUCACACUUACACUCUGACUGAUUCACUGUUCCCUGAGGGGGAGAGAGAGAGAGAGAGAGAGAGAGAGAGAGAGAGAGAGAGAGAGAGAGAGAGAGACAGAGACAGAGACAGAGAGAGACAGAGACAGAGACAGAGAGAGAGAGAGACAGAGACAGAGACAGAGACAGAGAGAGAGAGACAGAGACAGAGAGACAGAGAGAGAGAGAGAGAGAGAAAAAAGAGCGCUGAAGAAGAAAGGUGUUGAGAAGCAGACAGACGAACCAUGAGACUGGUGUGUUUAACCAUUACGUGCCUGGCGGCGCUGUGCUUGGCGGGCAGUGUGAACAGCAUGUCCACCUGUAAGACUCUAGACCUGGAGCUGGUUAAGAAGAAACGCAUCGAGGCGAUCAGGGGACAGAUCCUCUCCAAGCUGAGGAUGGCCAAGGAGCCAGAGGAGGGGCAGACAGGAGUGGAGAAGGACAUCCCUGUGGCGUUGCUCUCUCUCUACAACAGCACCGUGGAGCUCAGCGAGGAGCAGAAACUUCAGCCGCAGCCCACCACACACACACUAGAGGAAGAGGAGGAGUACUUCGCCAAGGAGGUCCACAAGUUCACCAUGAAGCAGGAUAAGAAUGUCACCAAGCACCAGAUGCUUUUUAACCUGAAGGAGAUGAGAUCCAGCAUUGGGGACUACCAUCUACUCUCCAGCGCUGAGCUGCGCCUGCUCAUCAAAAACUCUAACAUCCCGUCUGGCAGUGAGCAGCGCCUGGAGCUCUACAAGGGGCUGCACGACAGCAUGCGGUACCUGGGAUCACGCUUCAUCACCAACAAGUGGAGUGACCGCUGGCUGUCUUUCGACGUCACUGAAACCCUCAAGGAAUGGCUGAAGGGGACCGAGGAAGAGCAGGGCUUUGAGUUGAAGCUGUACUGUGAGUGUGGUAAAUCCGAGGAACCGUUCCUCUUCACUAUCUCUGGGUUGGACAGCGGGGUACGAGGUGACGUGGCUGGUUUAGCCAAGAACAUGAGGAAGCCUCAUAUCUUGGCCAUGUCCAUCCCCCAGAACUACAGUUCACAGCUCACCUCCUCACGUAAGAAACGGGCCACCACUACAGACGACACCUGCACAGAUAAAACAGAGAACUGCUGCGUGAGGAAACUCUACAUCGACUUCAGGAAAGAUCUGGGCUGGAAGUGGAUCCACAAGCCAAAAGGUUACCAUGCCAACUACUGCAUGGGCUCAUGCACCUACAUCUGGAAUGCUGAAAACAAAUACUCUCAGAUCCUUGCCCUGUACAAACACCACAACCCAGGAGCCUCGGCCCAGCCGUGCUGCGUACCCCAGGUCUUGGACCCUCUGCCAAUCCUGUACUACGUAGGGAGACAACAUAAGGUGGAACAGUUGUCCAACAUGAUUGUGGAGAGCUGUAAGUGCAGCUAGAAGACAUAGGUCAUAGGUCAUCUCUCCUCUAUCUCCACUAUCUCUGCCCCUUCGCCUCACACACACCCAUUACGGAGACACGGAGAAGGGAUGGAGGGAGGAGAGAGAACUCAAGAGAGGAGCAAGAGACGAGAAGAUAAUCAUUGUGAUCCAUUACAGAACCAACCUCUUCUUGAUGGAACAAGACCCGGACUGUGGACAUUUCUGCUUUUACAUCCACUUUAUAUCCUGGAUGAAUAUAGGCUUUUACAUUUAAAUAAUACAUUUUUAUCUCAAAGAGUGAAUUAAUUUAUUGUUUUACAUGUAGCAGAGCUGUAUAGUGUAUUACUGUAGAGACUUAGAGGUGCAGUGGCUGUGUGGGGUAGUGAUGGAGAGACUUUGGGGACAGGGUAGGGGUUAUCCGAUACCCCAGAAGUGGUACAGGAGGACAUCAUUGGACCCAGACAUGACUAACAGGACCAGAAAAUGAAAUCCUUCAUUUUAGGAGAACACACAUUUUUUUUUCUAGUAAGGAUGGGCUCAGGACUUUUUUUUUUAUAACCAACAGUGCCUGUCCAGAACUCACUUGUGCCAGACAUUAGAACGAGGACACCACACGUUUGCACAAAAGCCUAAAGACCUUGUUUAUGUGGGUGAAUCAUUGGGCUGGACCAGGUGUUAUCCUAUCCCAGAAGAGGUUGGAGAAGUGUUACGACAGCGAGCCUCCCUGGCUAGAAAGACUGUUUACUGGUCGAUGGCUUACAGAGAGACUGUUUACUGGUCGAUGGGCCUACAGAGAGACUGUUUAUUGGUCGAUGGGCCUCCAGAGAGACUGUUUACUGGUCGAUGGGCCUCCAGAGAGACUGUUUAUUGGUCGAUGGGCUUCCAGAGAGACUGUUUACUGGUCGAUGGGCCUCCAGAGAGACUGUUUAUUGGUCGAUGGGCCUCCAGAGAGACUGUUUACUGGUCGAUGGGCCUCCAGAGAGACUGUUUAUUGGUCGAUGGGCCUCCAGAGAGACUGUUUAUUGGUCGAUGGGCCUCCAGAGAGACUGUUUAUUGGUCGAUGGUCCUACGGAGAGACUGUUUACUGGUCGAUGGGCCUCCAGAGAGACUGUUUACUGGUCGAUGGGCCUCCAGAGAGACUGUUUACUGGUCGAUGGGCCUCCAGAGAGACUGUUUACUGGUCGAUGGGCCUCCAGAGAGACUGUUUACUGGUCGAUGGGCCUCCAGAGAGACUGUUUACUGGUCGAUGGGCCUCCAGAGAGACUGUUUAUUGGUCGAUGGGCCUCCAGAGAGACUGUUUAUUGGUCGAUGGGCCUCCAGAGAGACUGUUUAUUGGUCGAUGGGCCUCCAGAGAGACUGUUUAUUGGUCGAUGGGCCUCCAGAGAGACUGUUUAUUGGUCGAUGGGCCUCCAGAGAGACUGUUUAUUGGUCGAUGGGCCUCCAGAGAGACUGUUUAUUGGUCGAUGGGCCUCCAGAGAGACUGUUUAUUGGUCGAUGGGCCUCCAGAGAGACUGUUUACUGGUCGAUGGGCCUCCAGAGAGACUGUUUACUGGUCGAUGGGCCUCCAGAGAGACUGUUUAUUGGUCGAUGGGCCUCCAGAGAGACUGUUUAUUGGUCGAUGGGCCUCCAGAGAGACUGUUUAUUUAGCUAUAUUACAGCUACUAUGUUAUCCUGUUAUUCUAUGGGCCCUCUGUCAGUUGGUUUCUGUUUCCCUGUCAUAGGUUGUUCAUCAUGCUGUCUGGCUUGUCAUAACAGUCUGUGUGUGUGUGUGUGUGUGUGUGUGUGUGUGUGUGUGUGUGUGUGUGUGUGUGUGUGUGUGUGUGUGUGUGUGUGUGUGUGUGUGUGUGUGUCUGUAGCGUUGUGUGUGUGUGUGUGUGUGUGUGUGUGUGUGUGUGUGUGUGUGUGUGUGUGUGUGUGUGUGUGUGUGUGUGUGUGUGUGUGUGUGUGUGUGUGUGUGUGUGUGUGUGUGUGUGUGUGUGUGUGUGUGUGUGUGUGUAUAUCACAUGCUCUGUCCUGUCAGAGGGAGGAGUAACUGUGGCUGUAUUAGUAGUGUUGGUCGCCCUGCUUUAUGACAUGCGUGUUGUUUUAGAGGGAGAGGGAAUGUGGUUGUGGUGGUUGGUGGGGGGGUUUAGAGGAAGCUGGGAGCACCAUGGACCGACUGUUUUCACACUGUUAAUGUGUAGCUGCUUCAUCACGUUGCUAUAAGUCAAUAUAGACAAUUUAUUGCUUCUAUUUAAAGAUAAAAUAGUCACAUUUCUGCUUGUUAUUGCAGCCCAAAACAAAGUUUUUUUUAUGUGUUGUUGUUGUCCAGUGUGAUGUACUGUUACACCGUCGUGUUAGAGAGGGAACUCUGCUUCUUUCUCACUUUAGAAUAAUUGCACUUAACUUUUUUCAGUCCUUUUUCAUUUCAUCGUAAAUAUCUUAACAACUUUAAAUAAACAUUGAUGUUGUUCA